AUGUUACAACAAAUUCAUAAUUUGGAAUAUCUUGAACUUGACCAAUGUAGACUUAUUACUGAUUCAUUUAUUAGUGAUAUUGCUAACUUUUGCCCGAAGCUCGAACAUCUCGAUAUUGGCGCCUGUGGUGUUUCUGAUACAGCCAUCUUGGGUACAAAUGUUAGUAAAGAUGCGUUGAGUAAACUUAAUCCAAAGAUCAAGAUAAAGCAGAAUUCAACACUUGAAAUGGACCCAGAAAAAGAACUUAAUGAUCUCUGGAUAUCACUUGUUUAUUUAGUACAGGAUUUAUGGUUAAGUUAUUCAAUUGUGGAAUUGGAGCGGGACAUGAGAGAUAUGGCUGAGAGACUCAGUUUAAUGGUAAGUAUGUAUGGCCUUAAAGAGAAAAUUAAUUAUCAACCUAUAAAUCCAGAAUUAGAUACUAAUUAUGUUAUCACUGAGUUUGUUCCUCGUGAUAUAAAAUAUAGAGCUACUAUGUUGAUGAUUAAUUUAUCUCAAACAUAUGUCACGGGCAAUGAGAACGAUUCAAAUUUGGGUCUCUUCUGGAUGAUGGAUGUGCAGGAG